CGCAGAGACGCAGGGAAGGCUGGUGUGUGGAGAAGGAAGUCAGAAGAAAAGGGCUGUGUGUGGGGGAAGGUUUGUUAGAACAAACACCAAAGACCAACUUUGUAAGAGACAGACAGAACAUCUGCAAGUACAAUGCUGUUCCUGCAAAUUGUGUUGUUAGUGGUUCUCCUCCCAGAUGGUGACAGUGAAGAUGCCUCCCAGGAGCUGGCAUCUUUCCGAAUUAUCCUGACCACAUCGUUUUACAACCAUUCCUGGACACAAAAUCAAGGUUCAGCAUGGCUGGAUGAGCUGCAGACUCAUGCCUGGGACAACAAGACCGGUGCUUUCAUCUACCUGCAGCCAUGGUCCCAGGGCAAGUUCAGCAAUCAUGAACUGAAAGAAAUGGAAAAAAUAUUCUACAGAUACUCCAUUAUAACUAUUUCAUCAUGUCGUAACCAUAUCAGCGAUUGGUGGCUUGAAUAUCCCUUUCAGGUCCAGACAGUAAUGAGCUGUGAUUCUCACUUUGGAGAAGCAUCAAUAUGCCUCCUGAAGAUUGCUUAUCAAGGAACAGACCACUUGAGUUUCCAGAACACCUCAUGGUGGCCAUCUCCAAAAGGAGGAAGAAGGGCUCAACAGGUCUGUAGACUAUUCAAUCAGAACCACGUUAGCAAUGAAAUAACACAGAAGCUUCUCAGUGACACCUGCCCCCGGCUCCUGUUGGGUCUCCUGAAUGCAGGGAAGACAUAUCUCCAGCGACAAGUGAAGCCAGAAGCCUGGCUGUCCACUGGCCCCAGUCCCGGUCCUGGCCGUCUCCUGCUAGUGUGCCACGUUUCCGGCUUCUACCCAAAGCCUGUGUGGGCGAUGUGGAUGCGGGACAAGCAGGAGCAACAGGGCACCCAGCGAGGCGACAUCCUGCCCCAUGCUGAUGGGACGUGGUAUCUUCAGGUGUCCUUGGAUGUGAAACUCAAGGAGGCAGCUGGCCUGUCAUGUAGAGUGAGACACAGCAGUCUAGGAGGCCAGGACAUGGUCCUUUACUGGGAGCAGCCCCACUCCACGGGCUUGAUCUUCCUGGCAGUGAUAGUGCCCCUGGUGCUUCUGGCAGGUCUGGUGUUGUGGCUCUGGAAGUGCUGGAAAACACACUGGAGACCGCAGUGCACUGGCCUCCCUUUGGAGUGACCUCCCAGCAGCCCAGGGGCCAGAGCCUACCUAAAUCCAGCAUAGCGGUGAUGUCCUUGCAAUUGUCCAUGUGCAACUUUAGUCUUUCAUUUUUUUUUCUUAAUGAUCAGUUGUCAGUAUAUCCUAAACAGAAUUUAGUGACGUUCAUUGUUGGGGCCUGAUUCUGGAACUUUAAAAUUCAAAAUUUAACUCUGGAUAGAAUGAAGUCCAAGAAACUCCAUGGGGCAUCAGGCAUUAAAUGUCAGUUCCUCCAGAACUCUCCCUGAUUUACAACAGGAAGAAGUCCUUGCUAAGUGAGAGUUCUCACAACUUAUUCCUAUUCCUGAACCUUAGCCCUUUUUGUUCCUACUUGGGUUCCUUUUGCCCUUCUAAUGGGUAGGUUUUUUGAGAACAAAGCCCAUGUCAUUCAUAUAUAUAUAUAUAUGUUCUUUUUUUUCCCCUCUCCUUGGUAAGGUGUCUCACUUGCAAGGGGAUAUGUGCUCAAUAAAAACUGUGUUCAAUUUUUGUCAAAUUUA